AUGGAGGUGUUGUUCUUCGCACAGGAGACGCUGCAGAGCGUCGCAGAGUACGCCGUAAGCUAUCGCCUGGGGCAGACUGUUUUGCGUCAAGUGGACAGGGUGCUGUGGACGAUAGAGAAAAGCGCGCUGUGGGCUGUACCGCCGCCAUUGGACCAGGAUGAUCAACCACAGCCGGAGCUAAUUCGUCCUCUACCCUGGGUGUUCUUCCUUGCCCUUCUCAUAGUCCUCCGCGUGGUCAGGGAGUCGAUGUCCCUCCUCAACCUUGUAUUGGGGAAGCCGCCGUUAAGGUCGGCAGAGAUGGUGACGUACAUCCAGGGCAAGCGGCGUUACCUGCGCACGCUCAAGUACCAGGGCAACAGGAUGAUGAGGGCGCGCGGCAACCCCGUACAGCCGCGCCGGCCCUGGUACAGCGGCGCGCAGUCCCUCUUCGAGCUCACGAUGUGCUUCCGACGGCAGACGCCCGUCUAUAGCAACAACAACACCAGUAGGGUCAGCAACAACGAAGAGGUGCUGGUCGUUAAGCGCAACAAACGCGGCCGGCAGGAAGCCAGUCUUGUGGCGUCGACCAGCGAGACCAGCAUGGAGAGGCUCAUCGAGAAGAUGAUGGUGGACCUUCAAGCGGACUCGGACGAUGACUGCAGCUACACUUUAACCAAUCCGACCAGCGGAAUGAGCGAUCAGUCUGACAUCGGCAUUGACUCCGGGCAGGAGACGUCGCCGCGAAACGACGCGACUCCGCGCCAAUCGAAAUGUCAGAUCAAUGACAGCUGUCAAGUUGACAGUUCGAGAGCGGUCGGCGAUGACAGUUCGCACAAACGAGCGCGACUUAGCAGCUGUCACGCCGCAGCAGUCUUCUCAUGGGCUGAUUCC